AUGCCCGAUUCGGUACGGAACAUUACUCCGACUAGUCCACUAUUUUUGGUCGAGACAACUUCUGUGAGCAACCGAACAAAAAAUACCUGGUAUCAGAAGCACAAUGAGUUCAUGCCGGCGGUGUGGCGGCCGGCGAUGGCGGCCGGGGACUGUCUACCCAUGCAAAACUAG